CUACAUCCACAUACAAUAGUAUACGGUAGAAUACAUUUAUCCUUCCUUCUCUACUCAACUACACUACAUCCACCUACAGUAGUAUACGAUUGCAAAGUAUGAGGUUACUGAUCAACCUGGUUUGUAACCAGGAGAUGAUCCCUCCACUACUAUCUACUCCUUCACCCUCCCUCUCCUUCCUCCUCAAUCCAACCACACCAGAAGAGGAACUUCUUAGAUCUUCGACUCUGUUGGCAAAUAUUUGUGUAACCAGCUCCCGGCUUAAUCUUUCUCACCCUGCUACAGAAGGUUUUCUAAUGGAACCUGGAACACUGCAGGAACAGAUAUUCAUCAAUCAGAGCAGUCUAAUUCUUAAUCAGGCUGUACAGCUGAGAGACUCCUGGCAGGGCAGUACAGAUAUUAAAUUUCAAGCCAGUAAAAUCGCCGCAGUUCUUGGGGGAUUACAUGUGUAAUAUUGUGUACUUUUUCAAUUAACGUGUACUACUCUGUGUUCUGGCAUUUUUGUAUGAGUUUUGUACAAUGCAAAGUAUGUUUGGUGUACUCAUAUGGUGUAAACUGUACUGUGUACAUGCUGUUAAAAUUUUGAUGCAUACGAUUGAUAUUAAAAUAAAGUAUGAAAGGGUUC